GGGCGCCAUGGCGGUCACGGUGGAGAUCGAAUGCCACGACCCGUCGGGCCUCACCCUGCCGUACCCCUACAAGGAGGAGAAGUACAAGGAGUACAGCGACAGGCUGCAGAACGCCAUGUUGAGCCAGUGCGGCGACCAGCAGAUCGACAUCGACUGGCACGUGAACCCCGUGCAGAGGGGCAUGGCCGUCGUGGAGGGCAUGCAGAACUGGUACUGGCAGAA